UGAUGUCAUCCUCUUGAUAGUGAGUGGCAUUGCGACACAGCAGGUCACCUCCUGGAUAUAACCCCAGCGGCAGGGCAACAGGCCAGGGCUGUGUGUUCCUCCCACUCCUCUCCACAGACACACACACACACACACACACACACACACAGGGAGAGAGGAAAGCAGAGCGGCACCGUGAGCUCAACACGGCCAGCCAAGGUUACUCAUCAGUCUGCUGCACUCAGCUGCUUCUCCUCCACGUUUCCUCCACAGACCCUGUAUGGUAAAAAAAUGGAGACCUUAAAUCACAAACUAAAUGCCUACUUUGAAACAUGGAUGGGUCCCAGAGAUAAGAGGGUGCAGGGAAUGCUCCUGCUCGACAGUUACCUACCAACCUUUGCACUCACAGUCAUGUACCUUCUGAUCGUGUGGAUGGGGCCCAAGUACAUGAAGCACAGGCAGCCAUAUUCCUGCCGAGGCCUCAUGGUGCUCUACAAUCUGGGAGUCACCUGUUUGUCCUUCUACAUGUGGUAUGAGCUUGCUACGAGUGCAUGGUACGGCGGAUACAACUUCUACUGCCAGAACACUUACAGUGCGCCAGAAGUGGAUGAAAAGAUCAUAAGUGUCCUUUGGUGGUACUACUUCUCCAAGCUGGUCGAGUUCAUCGACACCUUUUUCUUCAUACUGCGGAAAAACAAUCACCAAAUCACAUUUCUCCACGUCUACCACCACGCCAGCAUGCUGAACAUCUGGUGGUUCGUCAUGAACUGGAUACCCUGCGGUCACUCAUAUUUCGGGUCCUCCCUGAACAGCUUCGUCCACGUUGUGAUGUAUUCCUACUACUGCCUCGCAGCCAUUCCUGCCCUCCGACCGUACCUCUGGUGGAAGAGGUAUAUCACCCAGCUGCAGCUGAUCCAGUUCUGUUUGACCGUGAUGCAGACGGCGUUGGCAGUGGUCUGGCCGUGCGGCUUCCCCAUGAGAUGGCUGUACUUCCAAAUAAGCUACAUGUUCUCGUUCAUUGUCCUUUUCACAAAUUUCUACGUCCAGACGUACAAGAAGCGCAUCGAUUCUCAAAAGAAGGGGAAGCAGAACGGUUCCUCCGCGUCGGUAAACGGACACGCCAACGGAACGGCGUCGAUGGAGCACACAGCGCCCAGAAAGCGCAGGGUGGAUUGAUAUUUGAGAAACUACCACCAGUUUCCCACUGUAGCCCCUUAGGUUAUGCUGCUAGAGUUAUAUGAAUAUUUUUAUCUAGAAUAGACCAGACCAGCACUCACCUGGAUAAAAUAAGCCAUAGCCACAGACAACACAUGCAGAAACUUUUCCUUUAUUUCCCUCACAUAAAUACAAAAUAGGUCUGAACUACUGAAUCAUUAUAGCUGUAAGUGAAGAGUACUUUAGUAUUCCUGAAUCUUUCCACUGCGCCUCCCUCGCCUUUCGGUCUGUUAAUUCUAAGAAAAAGCUCAGUGCACUCAAACAUACAGUCAGAAAAAUUCAGCAAUGCUUUGCACAACAAAGGUCCAAAGAUUAACAACAGAGCAUGUUGGCAGAACAUUUUUUUGCACAUCAUGAUAUCAGUUUAAGAGACGCUUUAAAACAAACAGCAAUUAGUAUGUUUUUUUUAUCCUGCAUCAUGAUACAUAUGUGUCUCACUUUAUCUUAUUCCUGCUUGCACAAUCCAAACUUUUGGUCUCAGUCAGGUACUUUUUGUCAGGUCGGUUUGAAAUGCCGAGCCGUCUCAUCAAGACCAAAGUGUUGCUCAUAUUAGCAUUCAGGUCAACUGUGUCCACAGCGUGAAAGGAGAGCUCCUGUGUUUUCAAAAGCAGGACAAUAAAUGAUCCAACGGUGAAGGAGUUUUGUCAGAACAUUAAUUCUCCUUUCACACUGUGUUGCAUCGACUCAAUUAUUCAUCUGAGAAAUCAUUGCAGGACAUUAUGAGAAAUGCAAAAAGCUUAAAUGUUGUGUUGUCUGUUGGUUCUGGGCAGUUGCAUAAGCUUUCAACACGACAUAUUUUUACCUGAAUAAGCUGAUGUUCAGAAACUUCUGAAAAAAAAAAGUGAGUGCUGAAAACUCUAACGCGACUGGAUAGUUUGGUAUCAACACUACAUUACAGUUUUAAUGGAACUUAAAAAUCUAGAUUUAACCCUACAUGAAGAACAUCAGAAGAAAAUUAAAAAAAAAAAUUCAAACAGAAAAAUUGAGUUUCAAAUCCCUGCCUGUGAAUGGCAUUAGUAGUAACUCUGCUUGCUCUUUAAUAGAUACGUUUUGGUGCAGACAUUGUGACUAUUGAGUGGCUAAAAAUAGCAAAGGUUUCUCUCAGUAAUCCAGUGAACCUUGACCAGUAUGCAGACCAGCAGCCGCACCAUCUUACAAAGGGAGGCAAUGGAAAAAGCUAAUGGAGUUAAACGCUGUUAACUUUUUCUGUUAGGACAAUUCAGGAAGGUGGCUUUGAGAAAACAACCCUCGAAAACGACAUCAAAACAUUUCAAGCACCUUCCAUUCUUAAACAACACACAAAGUAUUUUCCAUGCAAUAUUAAUGUUUUAUAUGAAAUUUCAGUUUUGCAAUUCGAUAUUUAUCUAGACCUAAACUGUGAAACAAACAUUUAUCAUCCCAACUUUCAUUUAUCAGCAAAAUGCUGAAGUUAGCUCUCAGAUCUGGCAGUGUGGUUAAGGCUAUUUUACUCGUUUCUUGGACCAAUUUUGUCAGCAAUGCUUUGACUUGUCAAAUUUGAACUGUAUUAAAUGCAAUUGUUUAAAAAAAAUGAAAGAAACUUUGGUCAUCCAUUGUUGUAGAGAGUAUCAUACAUUUGCUUUUCUGAGACAAUAAUAACAGAAAUACAUAAAUACAUAAAAGCUUUAACUUUUAACACUCGUGUGUUAACCCUCUCAGGCUCAAAUUACUUGCAAAGACUAGCUAAGUAGCAUUUAGCUGUUGCAAAUCUGCAACAUCUGCCUGGAGAGGGUUAAAAGUUCAAACUUAUAGCAUUUUUAUAAAUAAACGUGCUGCCUUCUGGACCAGCUAAUAUAUUUUGUCACACAGCUUAGAAUUAUAAUUUUCACUAAUCAAAUUCAUCAAAUGUGUUUAGUUCCUUCAGAAUCCCUCAUGUUGAUUUGUAUCUCACUAACAAUUGAAAAUCAGAAAUGUUAAGUUUUUUUAAAAAAACAAAACGUAUGCGCAAGUUGAUUUUGAUAGAAAUAAGACAGUGGAAGUGUAGUGCGUAAGGUUGCAGACAGCACGCUUAACUCAGCGUAGGCGCUGCAGAGUGAAGCACCCACUCUGUUCUGUCACAAACCGAACCCAUCAGACCUCCUCUUUAGGUCUGAUGGGUUCAGACAGAGCCAGGCUGGAUGUUUCCCGCUAAAAUCUCCGGCCCGGUUAACUGACUCCAGCUCUCAGGGCACACGUACGUAAUGACUCAGUAAGACGCUGCCCAAACACGCAGACCUCCGUUCCCUCCUCAGUUGUUCGGAAAUGUGAAAAUCAGCAAAUCCACAUUUCUCAAUGCCGUAGACGUCCACGUCCGUGUAACUGCUAAUAUUAUAAAAACAUACCAUAACUGUAGCUGUUUUUGUUCAAUUUCAGGUGUAUUUGUAUGUAUUUAUGAGCAGAGUUAGCACUGGUUUAAUUCAUAAAGAAGGCAAAAAUGAAUGUAAUGGUAUGAUAUAUAUAUAAAUAUAUAUAUUUCUGAGGUCUGGUGUAAAUUUCAGGUGAUAUGUUAUCACUGAUGCUUUACUUACACAUUAAAAACAAACUACAACUCUGACCAGUCACAGCGUCCAGCAUUACUUUUUUUUUCCAGGUGGAAAAAGAUGUAAAAAUGAAUAAUGUUUCCAUGGCAAAAAUGAAACAACAUGUGUAUCCCUCACUCUGAGAUCCUUGUCUGAUCAGAACUGUGUUGCAAUAAUUGUCAUUUGUCAACUGACGUUUGUUGGCUUUAGUUUGAAACUUACUUUGAAACUUACAACUUCAAAUGGAAACUUUGCUUUGAAGCUGUAAAGUUUUAAUUUUGUAUCAAGUACUAACUUAAGUAAUCAAAUAAAUAUUUGCUUUUGUUAUGUUUUA